GGGUAGUUUGGUAAUUGUCCUUGCCGAAAAAUGCCAGGUGACCGCUUCGAGUUUGAUGAGAGUGGAGAUACAUUCCUUUGCUUCUUGACUGCAUUCUACACUUUAAUUUUAAUCCCAUUGACUUAUUUUUGUUGGCCAUCUCUUGAAUUCAAAGAAUCAUAUGAGCAAUCUAAAAGGAAAUGCAUGUGUCAACCUUGCCAACUCAAAAGGCAUCAUAUAAAAUCUUCUACACCACUCAAAAGGCUCAAAAAAAUAAUGAUAAAGGCUGCAUUCGUUGCUGGUUGGGGAAUAUUUUUCUUACUUGUGUACAAACUCACUUUAAUUGAGCCUGAUAACUCUGGAUUUGAUCCGUUUUUGGUUUUGGGAAUAGACAAGGAUGCAUCUCCAAAAGAUAUCCGAAGUGCGUAUAAAAAACUGUCUUUACUAAACCACCCUGAUAAGGGUGGUGAUCCCAAACGGUUUAUACAGAUCUCUAAAGCAUACAAUGCCCUAACUAACGAAGAAUCAAGAAAAAAUUGGGAAGAAUAUGGUAAUCCCGAUGGUCCUGGUGCUGCUCAUUUUGGCAUUGCAUUACCCAAAUGGAUGGUUCAAAAAGAAAAUUUCUAUUUGGUUAUCGGAGCAUAUAUAUUACUGUUCAUGAUGAUAUUGCCAAUUUCUGUGGGUGUUUGGUGGUAUAAUACGAUGAAAUUUAGUAAUAAUAAUGUACUGUUGGAUACAAUAAGAUAUUUUUGUGGUGCAUUUAUGCGUUCACCUUAUAUGGCAAUGCCACGUAUUAUUAAGGUAUUAUCCACUGCAUAUGAAUUCAAUCCAAAUUAUAAUAAAGAAAUAAUUUGUCGGCCAAGUGAUAAUACUGAACUACCUCCGUUAAUUAUGCAAAUACCGUUCUUCACAAUUUUUAAAAAAGCCAUCGUUGGAUCACCAUAUUCAGUGAAAGCUAGAGCAUUGAUUUAUGCACAUUUGGAACGUCUAGAGCUUCCAGCUAACACUUUACAUGUUGACAGACAGUAUAUUAUUAAACAUUCGCCUCGGUUAAUUGACGAAAUGAUCAACAGUUUGUUAUACGUUCUAGCUGUAGCAAUGGACGAAGCUAAUUCAAGACAUAAAACACCUCAACACUUAGCUACCAUAGAAAAUUGUAUGCAUUUAAUUCCGAUGCUUGUUCAAGCGCUUACGGACAAUGCUUCACCGUUACUUCAACUUCCACAUAUCACUCAAACUCAACUUAGACAUAUGGCAACUAAACAACGUAAUAUUAAAUCUGUUCGACAGCUGAUCAAUUUACCAGAUGAUAAACGUCGUGCCCUUCUACGAAGUCUUUCUGAUGAACAAUAUCGUGAUAUUCUAACGGUUAGUUCUUCUAUGCCCUAUUUAGAAUUAUCCUAUCGAUGUGAGGUAUUAGAUGAAGAUGAAGAUGAUUCAAGUAUUUGGCCAUUUAGCAUGGUUACAGUUACUGUUCUAUUAAAACGUAAACCAUUAUUAGAUCCGAAUGCAGUGAGUAGUGCUAUGAACGCUAAUGGACAUACUACCAAUACUAAUACAAUUACUACUAACUCUGGUACUACUAAUUCUCCUACUACAUUACCGGAUUCAAGUUAUUUCGAUCGUGGUCAAACAAUGCAACUUGAUUGGAAUGCCUAUAAUAAUAAUGAUUCAUUAAAUUCUAAACUUUACCCUAUCGCUGAUAUACAUGGUACAAAGACGUUGAAAUCGUUGAAUUAUGAUGAUUUUCUUGGAAGUGGUGGUGGUGGCGAUGAAGAUAAGGGAUUUGAUAAUGUUGGCAAUUCAAUGAAGUCAUCAAAGAAAACCACUCCGCCUGUUUGGGAUAAAAGUAAACGGAAAAAAGGUGUACGCAAAAGUAAAUCACGUAAACAGCAGCAACAACAGCAAAGAAACUCCUUAUUGGGAUCAGAAAAAGUCAACCAAUCGGAAAUUAAUCCUACAGAUGAAAUUGAUUCAGAACAAGAAGAUAGUGAUUCUGUUGUUGGCAUUGAUAAGAUCCCAAAUCAUGUUGGUUUUACCAAUUCAUCAGUCCCAUCCGACAUCUCUAUCAAAGAAAAAGAUGAAUCUGUUCAACCAAAUCAUAUUGAUGGUGGACAAGUCCAAAGAAAAACUACAACAAAUACUUUCGUUGAAUCAUCCCUACCAUCUUCAUUAAGUACAACUAAAUCUUCUUCAAGUAGAAAACCUAUGAAACCACACAGUAAAUUGUCUAGUAUGAUGGAUUCAAAAACACAUUGUACACAUGUUGUUCAUUGUCCUUAUUUUCCUGUGGAGAAAUUUGAAGGUUGGUGGAUAUAUCUAGCUGACCGAAAAACUCGACAACUUAUCACUAAACCUAUUUACAUUGCCACAUUACAAAAUGAAGAGGAGCUACAACUUAGAUUUGUGGCACCUCCUAUCCCUGGUCAGUAUUUGUACGUACUAUCUGUUCGUUCAGAUAGUUACAUGGAUUGUGAUUUCACUGAAUGUAUUCGUGUGAUGAAACUGAAGCAGAUGGUUUUCUAAGAGGACCACACCCAGAGCCUUCGACCUAAACGUCUAAACUACAAGGCAGUGGAACGACGGCAGGAGAUUCAGUCCCAUGGUAGCCAGUGACCAACGAUUGUUUCAUACACCACUUGUUCCUUCAAGAUACUGGAGCCCGUGUGCCAUCAUUGAUUUAGAUCAGGGUUUCCCAACUUUCCUAGAUUGAUCCUCCGUGUCCACCGAUCCGGCUAGAUCUCCAGAUAUUCGCUUUUCGUCCUCUCAAUUUCGUAAACAACAGUAAUACCACGAGAAGGUAGUGGUAGGACUUCCCUGGCAGUGGCUGUAUGCCCACGCCCAUGUGAGAGCAUUUGUAGAGGGAGAGCGGACUCUCCCCACCCUCGGCCGUACCAGGGCAUUUGGGGGCUUUAUAUUAAUUGUAUUCCCUGUGCUACAUAACUUAAAUUGUAAAACUUUCAUUCAAUUCUUUUUUUUACAUAAAGUAAACAUUAUUAUUGUUGUUUGAAAUGAUAAUGAAAGCUCCGUAAUUACACCAUUUUGUAGUACAUAGAACUCAACAACACUAAAAAUAUCUAGCUAAAUUGCAAAUAUUCACUGCCAUUUCAGAACUGUUGUUCUUAUUCAAUAAAACUUCUGUAUCAUGAAAUUCAAUAAUCAGAAUAGUUAACAUCCUAAAAAAUAAAUAAAUAUUUGUAAUUAUUUGUUCUAUGUGUCCCAUGCAUUUAAUAUAAAGUCUACCAUUGAUAACAUUGUUUCUAACCUUAUCGAUUGUAAAGACCUCUAAUUCAAUAUUUUUUGUUAGAACAAACAGACAAAUAUUCGAAAGUUCGUACAUAGUUGUUG